UGUUAUGUGAUGCCAAACAUGAGUAGUGAUGACAUUUCUUACGAGUGAAGGUGAUGACGUUAGUUGUGCGUAAAACCGCAGAUCUUAAUGCCGUGCUAACGCGAUUAAUUAAUGCCCGUAAUCAAGCAUAUGGCAAUUGUGAAUUUGACGCAGGAUCACGACCGGUAAAGCUUUGGUACUCCGGCGACCGCGUGCGCAGGGUCGGUUGGGACUGGCCACCGGGACAACGGCAGUCCGGGUUGGGCUCGCAACGUGUGACACGUGUCCGACUAGUAACGAGUCCGGCAAACCCAGUGCGUCUCCUUCACGCAGUCGCUCUCGCCCUCGCCGUUACUAUAACAAAGGCCCCCCCGCAUGACCCAAAGCCCCCCAAACGCAAACUCUCGCCUGACCCCGUCUCGACACCCGGUCGCACGCAGAUCUCGAACGUCGAGUUCCGAGGACGAGCCAUGUCGCAGCGCGCGGCCGCCGCGACGGCGCAGAAGAGGAAGUGCCCCGCUGACGAGGAGAGCACUGCCGCCGGCCUGUGCGCCAACGGCUGCGGCUUCUUCGGCGCCGCCGCCACCGCCUACAUGUGCUCCAAGUGCUACCGUGACCACGUCGCCGCCGCCGACGGCACAGCGCCGAGCGUCUUCGCCCCUGCUGCGGCUGCUUCGAGUUCGACGGCCGCGCCUCCGGAGAAGAAGGCCAAGAUCAGCGUCGCCGUCGAGUCUGCCUCUGAUGCCGCAGUAGAUCCCGCCGUGACGGCCGUGAAGCCAGCGGCGGCGAAUCGAUGCGCGACGUGCCGCAAGAAGGUGGGGAUUCUGGGGUUCCGGUGCCGAUGCGAGGGCACCUUCUGCAGCGCCCACCGCUACGCCGAAAAGCACGCCUGCGGAUUCGACUACAAGACAGUCGCCCGGGAGGAGAUCGCGACGAAGAACCCAGUCGUGGUUGCCGACAAGAUGGUCACCAGGAUCUGAAGCCCGCGCGCGGCCACAAGAUCGCCAGACAAGAACGAAAUCGGGCAGGGCAGAUCAAGAAGUUCGUGUGCUUCAAGGAUAGGAUAGGAUCGUAUCGAUGUUCUUUGAUUUUCCUUGUAGCCGAAAUUGUAAUGGUACAUAAUUUGGAGAAUGAA